UCUGCGGUUACAUGCCUCUUUGGGAUAGACGGAACGGUCCUGUCAAAGUAGAGCAAAAAUAUUCAGAAGAACCCUCAGAAUCUUUGCCCCAUCUUUCGGCAAUAGCGUUUGCCGUAACUUUGGCUGCCCGGUUGGAGAUCAAUUCUUCUCGCUGGCGGAGCCCGAGGAUUUCCAUAUCAGUUCUUACUCAUGCUCAACUUCCCCUUUACCACACUCCCCUCUCACCCCCGCCAUGCUGAUCGAUAGUAGUUCCUUGUCUGAUUAGAGUCUGUCUCUCCCUGUCUCGAGAUGCCUUCCUUCUUGCGUUAUUCGCCGUCCAUACCAGUGUCUCCGAGCUACAAGGGCCACCAGUCUCCUCUAUCCCUUCUAAAAAGAGAUGGGUAUUUCAUUUCGGAGAGCCAGAGGAAGGGUGGCCGUCUGAAGAAGGGCCUACCUCUGGGAAGUCCGAGGCUUUCUGCUGACGAUAUUGGAAGGGUCGCCGUGAGUUCCAGGCGUGGAUCGAUAAACUUGGUGAGUUUUUGCUAUAGAGAGAAUCCAUCUGCAGAUGGCGGAGAAAACGUCGACGUUGAUUCGAGGGUGAGCGCGGAAAGAGAAGGAAAUGGAAUUCCUGAGGACAAUGGCUUCAACGUUGAAGUCGGUAACCCUACCGUGCCAGUUUACAUGCGGGCGUCUCGGAUGAGCCUCGGCGAUCAGGCGUUCUUUCUCUUGGCUUUUGUUGCCUGCACGACUUCUAUAGCAUUUACAAGUUUGGUUGUUGCAGCAAUUCCAACUUUAUUUGCAAUGGGAAGAGCUGCAACAUCUCUCUCAAAGCUGGCAGAUGCUGCUCGUGAGGAGCUACCAAGUACGAUGGCUGCUAUCAGGCUUUCAGGGAUGGAGAUCAGUGAUCUUACCCUUGAACUGAGUGAUCUCAGUCGAGAGAUAGCUGAUGGUGUAACCAAGUCAGCACAGGCAGUCCAGGCUGCUGAAGCUGGAAUACGGCAGAUUGGUGCUUUAGCACGGGAUCGAACUGUUUCAAUGAUACAGGAUACUGCAAGCAAGCCCAUGAAUUCCCUGCAGCCUGUGGUUGCAGGAGCAGCAAGAAGAACAUCACAAGCAGUUGGUCAUGCUAGGCGGACAUUUAUGAACAUAAUUUCUAGACGAGAAUUCAUCUCAGAUGGUGAAGAUGAUGCAUCUGAUAGGAUAGAAGUGUGAUAUACUUGAAUAGUAGCAGCAUCUUCUAUUGCAGAUUAAGAAAGAAAAGGAUUGUUUAGUUUAGGUGCGAGAUUGAUUAGAAUUUUGUUUCAUUGAUGUGCAUAUCUAUGGUGACUAUGAUAAAUUGUCAACAUUUCAGGUUUGUAAAUGAUUAAAAAUGUGUCCUCAUUGAUGGGCAUAUAUACAUGGUUAUUAUGCUAAAUUGACAACCUUUAAUCUGUCAUUUGACGAUUUAAUCA